UAAGCCUGAAAAACUUCUUUUUCAGUUGCCGUAUGGGUGUCUGGUGUGGUGGCCGCCCUCGGCGUGUCAGUCCUGGGGAUCUUCUGCUUUCUUAGCGUCAUCCAACUCGCAAUGUUGAGUUCAAAGGAAAAAGUGAUGAUGAAAUACAGUAUAGUCGUCGCGACAAAAUUAGCUUUAGGACUCCUAGCGACUUUAUUGGCGAUCGCAGCUGCGGGUCUUUUCGCCCUUCAAGCCGACGAUCGACAACGCACCGGAUUCCAGAUUAGCCGAGGUCCCGGAUUUUACAUCCAGAUUUUAUUGAUAGUCUUAACCGGAAUCCUCUUCGCAAUGUCGGUUUACGAUGUUCUGCUCUCGCGGAGAGAGGGCGGAGACCCCACGAGGGUUGCAGUGCCAAUGGAGGGUGCCACGUUUGGGAAUCCGGGAUUCCGGGAGCGAACCAAUGGUAGUACCUAAUUGAUUAUUAUUUUUAUCGGGAAAAAACAAAUUUUUAAACAAUUUUACAUAAAAAAGUUAAAACUUGAGAAACUUUAUUUCAUUUUUCUAGAAAAAAAUUUGAC